GAACUUGCGGUGCUAGUUUGCACGUGGCAUCAGCCGAACAUGGAAUUUUGCACAUAUCCGAUUACGCUAGACUUCAUCUUACUUAGGAAAGGGCUGGCCCGAUGGGCAGCAGUGGUCAACGAAGACCAUCUCGAUCACCGCGAAGUCAAAGAAGUCGUAGUGCAGAUGUCGAUUGUUUAAAAAAAUAUACCGAAAGAAGAAUAGAAGGUAGAAGGCAUACCGACGUGACAGAUACAACCAAAUUGGAUACCUCAAGAUGGAUACCAUUGGCAAAGAAUAUAUCACGUGGUCAAACGAGUUUUAAAAAAACUUCACAAUCACAAGUUUCUACGAAGGAUGAAGACAAACGACGCUAUGAUAAUUCAUCGUCAAGUCCUAAAAACAACGAUUCGAUAAAAUGGCAACAAACUUCUUCCGCUAAGAUAACUCACAAUGAGGAUGAUCGUAAAAGUAAUCCACAAAAUGAAAGGGAAAUUGCAGAGAAAAAUAAAUUUUAUGGCAAACAGGUAGCAGCUCGUAGUCGUAGUACUGACGUACCAACAUUUAAGAAAGAAAAAUUUACCGAGGAACGAAGACACACCGAUUGCGGUGAUAUCAGAAUUGCUUCAAGAUGGAUACCGCAAAUAAAUAGCGUGAGAUUUCGCGGUGAUACGUCAACGUUUGCCAAAUUUACAAAUUCGUACGAAAUUACGAAAAAUGCGGCAACUAGGUGGAUAACUUUUGCAAAAAAUCCGUCACCAUUUCCAACGCCACGAAUGAAUUCUGAGAAAAAAAUGCAAAUGGAAGAUAAUUCUCAAAAAACUAUGGAACAAAUAAGUCCGAGAAAAAGAGAGGAAGAUAAUAAAAUCGAAGCAACAAAGUGGACGCCAUUGAGAAAAUUUGCAUCACCCUUACCGUCCGAACAACGUAAUCCCGAAAAUGAAAAGGAACACGAUUCACCAGAGAUUAAUUUAAAUCGUUCGAAAAACAACGAUCCAAACGAUGCAAUAGACAAAGCUAACAAAUUGAGCCAACGAAUGAGAGAAUUGUACGAUUUCAAAACUGAAAAUGAAUGGCCGAAGAGAUUGAAAAGUCGACAAUUUGAAGAAACUUGGAUUAGUAAAAGUAGCAGUGAGGAUGAAAGAAAUCCACCAAGGGUUCGUAGAAACAGCCAAGAUAUGGAAUUUAACGAUAGAUCGUCAAAAAUCAAGGAUACAAGAUCGCAAAUUCAUCGAACGGAUGAGUCCCAGGUGUUUCACAGUGACACUGACGAAAGAUCGAAGAAAUUUGUCGAAAGGCAUAGCAAUUCGGAAGACCUUGGAUUACGAGGAACCGCGGAAAAAUUACGAAUACAAAAUCGACGCACACAUUCUGACGAUUAUGAUGAAAAAUGUCGUAGAAAGGGUAGUUGUUAUCGAACAGAUAGCAAAGAAGAAACCGGUCAAACGAGAAUUGCUGAACAACGAAUGACACAAAACGAUAAUAAAAGAAAUUCUAACGCUAGUGGAAGAAGAUUGGAAGAAUCUCGUACGAGUUAUACAGAAAUUUCUGAACUUCCUGUUAAAAGAAAUUCAAGAAUUAGCGAUGCGAGUUAUGCCAGUGUCAUGAAUAAUCCAACUGGUAAACGAGGUAGUUUAGAAUGUAGAUCAACACAACGUAUUCUUGACAUGCCACCACGUAGAGCAUUUAGUCAAGGUGAAGGUAGACCUGCCACACCUGUACCACCCAUAGAAAUGAACGCAGAACGUCCCGUUGCUGUUAGGUUAAUAUCCGAAUGUCAAAAAAGGGACAGCACAAGAUACAAAGUUUAUUUGACGUAAAUUAAUAUCUAUUUCGAAGGAUUUAACACGCCAUUUUUCAUGAUUUUACAUUUAAGCAUUUAUUUUGAGGUUAUUUAGGUCUUUAAGUACUGUAAUUUUUCAAAAGAUGGGGUUGUAUUGCAAUUCAAUUAUUUUAUAUGACAAA